CAACCCAUUCCUAUUUCUUACAUUCUGACAAUAAACCCAAUUCACUGAGGGCAUGUGUAAACCGAGUUGCAUGUUUCCUGUGCUCAGUAUAAUCAGAUGGCCUCAGCGAAUGACACCAAACAAGUGCAGAAGGAUGCUGCAGACCAGAACUUUGACUAUAUGUUCAAAUUGCUGAUCAUCGGCAACAGCAGUGUUGGCAAGACCUCAUUUCUGUUUCGAUAUGCAGAUGACUCCUUCACGUCUGCCUUUGUCAGCACAGUCGGCAUUGACUUCAAAGUGAAAACUGUCUACAGAAACGAAAAGAGGGUGAAGCUGCAAAUAUGGGACACUGCAGGUCAAGAACGUUACCGGACCAUCACUACAGCCUAUUACAGGGGCGCCAUGGGAUUUCUGCUGAUGUACGACAUUGCCAACCAGGAAUCCUUCAGUGCUGUACACGAUUGGGCUACACAAAUCAAAACCUACUCCUGGGACAAUGCUCAGGUGAUCCUAGUUGGCAACAAAUCUGACCUGGAAGAUGACCGUGUUGUCCCUACGGAAGAUGGAAGGCGAUUGGCUGAAGAUUUAGGCUUCGAGUUUUUCGAGGCAAGCGCCAAAGAAAACAUUAACGUCAAGCAGGUCUUUGAACGCCUAGUCGAUAUCAUCUGUGUGAAGAUGUCCGAGAGCCUUGAUGCAGACCCCACGCUGAUGAGCAACAACAAGAAUUCAUCCCUCACCGAGAACCCCCCCUCACAACCAAGCAGCUGUGCAUGCUAGAAAGCCCCUACCUUCUGACCUCUUGCUCUCACUAAAUCAUCAAACACAGAGGGCCCACAGAUUUGGGUUGGGGGGUAGGGUUGGUGCUCGCAAAGGGAAGGAAAGUAGGCUUUAAAAUGUAUUUAAGAUUCAGGGCUAAUGUGUCAAACUCUCUAUUUCAUUUUUAAAUUAAGAACUUGGGGAGAUGGUGGGGUAGUGCCAAUGUCACUGGGCUAGUAAUCCAGAGGCCCAGGUGGGGACAGUGGGUUCAGAUCCCACCAUGGUGGAAUUUAAAUUCAAAUAAUACUUCCCGAAUUGAA